AUGUUUAUACCUAUAAUAUGUGGUAUGAAUAAUUAUGAUUCAAAUUACAAACCAAAAUUGCAAUCGACCAAGAAGAAGAAUGGUGAACAACCAAUAGAUUUACCACCUUUACAACCAAGUGAUUACGAAAACCUAUAUUGUCCAAAUUGUCACAACUACAGUGCAAGACCCAUUAAGAGAAGACAAUUUUUCACAGUUUGGUUUAUUCCGAUUCUCCCUGUUUAUUGGGGCAAACAAGUCAAAUGUACAAUUUGUAAUUGGAGGCAGGACUUCAAAGAUGAAGCACAGUUAAGAAAAAUUGUAAAUGAACAGAAAAAUAUAAGAAACAACCAACCACAAACGUAUCAGGCACAACAACCUCCACAAAUGUACCAAGCCCAACCGACGACACAAGCACCAGUGAAUCAACAACCGCCGCAGACUUAUCAACAGUUAUAUUCAUAA